AUGGCCAUUUUACUCACUGGGUUAGAGCAGUCUUCUUCGAUAAUGGAGUUACAAGAUAUCGCACAAGAAGGGAGUCAGAAGAGCCAUGAAGGAGAAGGGGAAGAGGAUGAAUUGCUUAUUGAUGGUGCUACUGAGGAAAGUCGGGUAAAAAAUGGUGAUAUCAAGACUAAAGUAUUGAAUGGGUCUCCACAAAGAACACCUCAACCACAGGUACAGAAUAGUAUAGAGGAGCAAGAACAGGGUGUAGAGGAGCAAGAACAGGGUGUAGAGGAGCAAGAACAGGGUGUAGAGGAGCAAGAACAGGGUGUAGAGGAGCAAGAACAGGGUGUAGAGGAGCAAGAACAGGGUGUAGAGGAGCAAGAACAGGAUGUGGACGAGGAAACACAUGGAAUGAAAGAUGAAGCACAGGGUAUUAAGGAAGAGAAAAUUGGAGAUAUAGACUUACCUCCAUUACACGAGAUAGUAGGCGGGUCGAGUAUAAGGCGAUAUUUGAAUCAACACUUGACAAGACAUUUGUUAGAUGGAUUAAAAGAAGUGGGGUAUUUGAAACCUCGUGAUCCAUUAAAAUAUCUUGGAGAGUUUCUUAUUGCCAGGUCACUUGUACAGAGUAAACUUGAAGAAGAAGAGUAA